CGGGGGCCGGGGCGCCGCUUCCCGCAGCCGUCCCGCCCCGGGGAGGGGGCAGCGGCCGCCUCCGGCCACACCUGUGUGGCAGCAGCGAGCGGCGGAGCGCGGUCACCAUGACGGUGGGUGCGCGGCUGGGCGCCAAGGCCAGCAGCAGGUACUCCCGCCGCGGGCUCGGCGACGACCAGGUCUCCAUCCUGCCCGGCGAGGAGGAGGAGGAGGAGGAGGAGGCGGCGGCGGCAGGAGCUGCGGGCAGCGCGGGCGGCCCGCGGCCGGCGGAGCAAAGGGAGGAAGGCUCUGCCGCCAGGAAGGUGCGCUUCGCCCUCCUGCCCGACUCCUACGAGCCGCUGCGGCCGCCGCGGCCCGGCGGCAAGCGGCCCUACGGCAAGCGGCUGAAGAAGUACGGCAAGAACGUCGGCAAAGCUCUGCAGAAGGGAUGCCGCUACUUGGUGGUCGGCCUGCAAGGACUAGCGACAGCCUAUUCUGCUCCCUUUGGGGUGGCAGCUCAGGUGGCAUCCUUCGUCCGCUAGCACAGCUCCCUGAGCACCACCAGGGAGGACACGAAGCCAUUGCUGCUUUCUUAGGAUUAAAUCUAAGAUCUGCAUCUGAGAAACUUCUUGGACAACCAGUCCCAGCUUCAAUCCCCUUGAAUGGCCCUUUCCCCCAGACUUGAGUGCUUUUCUCUGCAAAACCUUCCAGUGCUUUAUAAAAUCAGAUCAGGUUGAAGAAAUGCAAGGAUGAAGAAAUGCAAGGAUGAAGAAAGGCAAGGAUGAGGAAAUAAUCUUUGACUAAUUGAGCUGAAGUUUGUUCUCAGACAUGAGUUGGUUUUCUGAAGCUUUGGGCUAUGUGUGGAAGGGAGCCACGGACAGAUGGAAAAGCAAGUAGAUGAGGGAGAGAGAAAUGAAGGGAAGUAGAGGAUGGGCGGACAGCUGGGGAGUUGGAGGUCAGAGUCUGGCAAGUGAGAGGAACUGUCAAAGCAGUGGAGGAAACAGAUAAUGAAGGAACAGGAAAAGGUAGCCUUUGGUUGUCUGAUGUCCUUUUUUGCCCCGAGAGGGUUAAGGUUAUGAGUAGACUUAAAAAUAUACUCAGAUAUAAAUGGACUGUGGUCUGAGACAUGGUUAGCCUUGCUGUAUCACUGUUGUUCAUCUCAAACACUACAAAUCAUGGGCCUUUGAAUCUUCAGAUUGGUGUAGAAAUCCAGAAAGAAAAUUGUGUUUGUCUUCUGAUUUGGGGACACUAAAGGUUCACUGUGAUUAAUAUUUUAAACUUUUCCUCUGGUGCUAUGAAACCUGCAUGUACUUCUCUUACUGAGAAUGGAGUUUGUAUCUGACAUAUAUCAGAUUCUGGAAGCUGGGGCUGUAAGAACUCCCAUUUUCAUGCUGUUCACUAGAAAAGAACAUGGAUUAGCAGCUGCUUCUGAACAAAUCUAAGUGCAGCAUUUGGUAGAAGAAUGUACAACUGUUUUGUGUAAGAACAGGGCCAAAUAACCUGCGAGCUCCAUCUUCAGUUCCGUAGGUGGAAGUUGUCGUUGGAGAACAUCAACAUCAGAUGGCUCGGCUCAGUGGUGCGGAUGGAGCAGCUUCUGUGUCACACCUCCAGGAAUAUAAAUCUUCUGUUGAUGACACAAUAGGAACAAGUGGGGUUAUGAGCCUUCAAAAUUCUGUGCAUUUUGAUUUUUUUAUAUUUUUCUAUUGGUUUCAUGGCAGCAGUGAAGGAUUUUCCUGCUAGCACUUUGUAUUAUAGAUCUUUCUAGUUUUGAUAGUGAUUUUGUAAUCAAGGAGUUGACUUAUAUUCUGGGAAAAAAAUGCUAUUUGUUUGCUUUCUUUGCCUUUUUCAAAUGCAGAGGUUUGUACAUCUUAGCAAACCAGACUGUAUUUCUUUUAAAUGUAGAAAAUGAAACAAAGGUGGGGGUUUUUAAUGCUCUUUUCUAACUGGACUGUAAAUAAAUGUAAUGUGAUCCA